GAAAAAUAUAAACGACUUGAAGGCCUCAACGAUCCAAGAAACAAGCCAAGAAAUCGCAAGAAAAUCCUCUUCGAAAUACAGCCUCGAGCUCUCCGUGUCUCAAGCUAAAAACACCCCUCAAGUCACUCGUCAGCCGCGAUAACAAGCGCCAAUAUGAUCCACCACAUCAACUCAUCUGAGGAGCUCCAAUCCCUGCUCAACUCGACAACCUACGUCGCCGUCGACUUCUUUGCCGACUGGUGCCCCCCCUGCAAGGCCAUCGCCCCCGUCUUUGAGACCCUCGCCACCAAGCACAGCGUCCCCGACGUGCUCGCAUUUGCCAAGGUCAACGUCGACCACGUCCAGGACGUCGCCCGCACAUAUCGCGUCACCGCUAUGCCCACCUUUCUCUUCUUCAAGGAGGGAAACCAGGUCGCCGUUAAUGGCCAGGCCAUGAUCCGCGGCGCUGAUCCUCAGAGUCUUGGUGCCGCUGCUGAGAAGCUGGGCGGUCUAGCCCAGAAGCGGGUUGAGGCUGCCAAGAGCUCGCUGUAGACCGAUCUUGUGGAUGAUCUGCUUCCCGUAGACUGAUCUUGGUGGACGGUCUGCCUCGCUAUGGGAGCUACGGACUUUAUGAAACUUUGUCGCUUGGGAAUUGUUGCUAGCGUUCUGCAAGGAAUGGCCGUCGUGCCGGAGGGUUUGCCACGGAACUGGCAUGCUAGGUCUUUGAAAAGUCAUUUUAGAGUGGUAGAGGAGGAUCAAAAGAAUCGAAUCCUUGUUCAUCUUG